AUGCGCAAGGGCCGCUCCGCGACGUCGAUGUUUCUGGAUAAAGUCGUUGACGAGGCAGCUCUUAUGGAGGACGAGGCGGCGAUCGACGGCGGCGCCGGGUGGGACGAGGACGGCGCGGCGGCGGCUCGACGCGUCCACGCGAAAGCGCUCGCUGCGAUCGCGACGCCGCGGGCACGCGGCCCGAAGAACAAUGACUGGAGUAACGCGCGCAAGGCUUCCGAGUGGGGUGCCGCUUCUGCCGCCGCUGGUUCGCUUUCUAGUUCGAGUUCGGGCUCGCGCACGGGCAACAUGGCUGCUGCGGCAGCAGCGGCGGUGCAGGUUUCGCCUGAACGGGGUAGUAACAGUCGAUGGCAUUCGCGAGCGCGAAGCUCGUCGCAGGUGGACGCGGAACGAAGCUCGUCGCCGUGGGGAAGUGGGACGGGGCGAGCGGCUGGCGGAGGCGCGGAGGGGGGAACCGCGGGCGGAGAAAGCGCGUUUUCGGGUGCCAGGCGGGGGAGAGUGGGCGGAGGGGCGGGUUCCGCGGUGGGUAAGCCGACAGGUGCGUUCGAAGCACGUGUCGCGCCGGCAAUGGCGGAGAGGCCUCCCUUACCUGAAGGCCUGCAAGAUCUUUCCUUGUUUUACGGCGCUUCGAGGGAGGAGGUCGCUAGCAGCGGCAGCGUGAUAUUUAAUCCGGCAGGCGGCGCCGUUAGCGAGCAUGAUUCGGAUUUAGCGGUCCUGAUCAACUCCCCUGCUUCCGUUGCCCCUGCUGCUGCUGCUGCUGCUGCGGGUGGUGAUGGCGCGGUGGAAGCGGCACUGCUGUCACCACGAGGUCUGCAUGUUUCGCCCAAGGCCACGUGGACCAAUCAGAAGCCAGCAACGUUGGGAAGAGUGGCAGGUGGCGGCGGGAGGGCUCACGCGGCAGCGGCCGCGGCUGCAGCGCCGGGAAUAGGUGCAUCUGGAGCAGGUUCAUCCGCGGCAGGAGCGCCGGGAGUAGGCGCAUCUGGGGUAGGUGCAUCUGGGGCAGGUUCAUUUGGCGCAGGCCCGAGCGCGAUCUCGCCCAUGGCGGCAGCCGCCAUUCGCGGCGGCGGAUUAUCAGCGAUGUCGCCGCGCCUGCUGAAAUUCCUGGUCGAGGACAAGCCGGGCGCGGCGGAGCGGGGCGCGGGGAGAGCAGGGGAAGGGAAGCGGGACGGAGACAGGCGCGUGCGCCAGAGUGGAAGCGGGGACGAGACCGCGGAGGGGAGGGGGGGUGCAGGAGGAGACGAGCGGGGGAGGGUAUCGAUGCGGUCGCGCAGCGGGCCGCUCUCCGCGCGAGCCAGAUCGCGCGCCUCUGCGACUAUGGGCGGCGCCUUCCGGGUGCCCGGGCCAUUACACUCCCCUCUCUCCAGCUCUCCCGCGUCGUCCGAUUCGUUAUUAUCAUCCCCGCUAGCCCUCCCCGCGCCGUCCCCGUUAGCGCCGUCCUCGAGUUUCGGUAGAGCAGCGGGUGCCGCUCACGGGAGAAGCGGUGCGGGCAGUGCGUCAUUUCCCUCCCCUACGCGCACGUCCCCUACAAUCACAUCUCCCACCAAGCCAACCUCUCCGCUAGGCCCCGCCUCUGCCGCCGCUACCACGGGGCCGUCCGCGUCUGCUGCGCAACCAUUGGCGGCUCCCGCGGGGUUUCAAGCUUUCCGGCGGCCCGCCGCCCUUGAUCUUGGACGGCUGCUUGCGCCCGGCGCUACAGGCAGGGAGGAAUCCGACGAUGAGGAUGAGUUCAGCGAUGACGACGCUGACGUCAGCGAGGCCGUGGCUGUAACGGGUCCGGCCGAACCGCCAGGUUCGGGUAGAGCUGCGGGGACAGGCUCGGGAUUAGCCGCCGAUCGCGGGGAGCGGCUGGAAGGGGUUGAGGUGUGGCUGGAGCGGCGGUCAACGGGGAACGCGCAGCACGCGGAGAGGGGAAGGGCGGACGGGAACCAGGCAAGCGCGGAACGCCCCCGCAGCAGCCCGGUAGGCCUAGACUCGGCGCUUAGCUUCGACCGCCGAACCAGCCCUGUAGGUUCGGGCACUAUAGAUAAGUCCGGGUUGGGAGGCGGCGGUGGCGGAGGAGGAGGCGGGGGAGGCGGGGGGAGAGCGGGCGUGGGUAGGGCGCAAAGCACGAAGAGCCCAGCGCGGGCAACGAGGGGCGGGAGUCCGAAUGUUUUAUCUGCUGCUGCUGCCGAGGACGCGUAUAACGCGAACGCGCGAGUCCUCCCUCCGUCGUUGUCAUUUUCCGGGAGUGACUUGGCGAUUAACCCCAUCGACCGCCGCCCUUCCGCCAAUGAGUACAUUGAUUUUCCCCCUGCGUCUUCCCCCGUCGAUUACUCCCCCGACGUUAACAUCUCACCCACGCAACAGCAGGCGCAACAGCAGGCGCAGCAGCAGCAGAGGGCAAACAGUGCCAAGCCUGGCAGGCAGGCAAGCGGGCAGGCCGGUUUGGGCGGCCGUACGGGUAAACCUGGGAGCAGCGGAAACAGCCCCGUGGGCUCGGCUGCGCCGGCAGCGCCCGGGCAGGGCGGAAAGGGGGCGUUUUCUGAGCGCGUGCGCGGGUUUGCGUCGCCCAGGCGCGUGGAGAGGCCCCCCGACCCCAUGGACCGCCUCCGCGGAUUCGUCUCCCCGCGCGCGCGCAUCCGAGAGGCGCCGGGCAGGGGGCAGAGCGAAGGAAACGCAUGGGGUGGGGAUGCUGGUCGCUCCACUGGCGGUGGGGGACGGGGCGGGGUAGGAGGGGGAAGGGGCGGCGGGACAGCGGCGGAGGAGAGUCAACAGGGGGGAAGUCCGCGGGCAGGGGGAAGCGGGUUGAAUCUAGGCGCAAUCACCCCCACUGCUGCUUCCGCCUCUUCCGCCGCGGGUGCAAGCGGGGGGAGAGGCGGGGCGUCUGCUGCUGCUGGUCCCCCGGGAGGGGGGGAGAGAGGGGGGGGCGCGGGAAUGGGGGAGAACAGCAGCAGCCCCAAGUACUACGUUGCGCUUAAGAGCCCCCGCGCACCCGCGGAUGCGCCCAGGCGCGCCAAUAAGAGCCCCAAAACGCCCCGCGGGGAGGUGCUAUCUGGGAAAAGCGCAGGCGAGGGGAGCAUGGGCGGAAGCGCGAAUGCUGGUUCUGGGUGGGGAGGGGCGGGGUCAGGCGGAGGGGCAGGCGGAGGCGGAGGCGGAGGGGGUGGGGGAGGCGGAGGGGGAGGGCCGGGGGAGGGCGGCAAGAGGCGGGGGUUGGCGUCAUGGGGAGGUGGGGGGACGCUGGGCGCAGCAGUGGACACUUUCAGCCGCAGCCUGAGCGCCCACCCCGUCAGCCCUAGGGCGGGGCCACCUGGGGGAGGCGCAGGGGGAGACGGAGGCGGAGGGUUGAUGACAGCGGAAGCAGCAUCAGCGUUUGACGCGCAUGCUAGAAGAGCCAUGGCUGCCCCCCCCAACCCCUCCUAUCAUGCGCUCCCUACCCCCUCCCUCCGACCCUCCCCCACAGCUGCUGCUGCCGCCGCCGCCGCUGCUGCUGUCGCUGCUGCUGCUGGUGGCGGGAGCAGCGGCGGGGGGAGCAGCAGCAGCGCGCGCGGGGGUGGGAGCAGCAGCGCUGGUGGUGGUGCUGAGAUGGGCGCAGGAGGGGGGGCGGGCGGGGCAGGGGGCGCAGGAAGGGGCGCAGGAGGGGGUAUGGGCAUGGGCAUGGGGAUUGGCAUGGGUGUGUUUCAGCAGGGAUUUUCCGAUGUGACGCGGCGGUAUGAGAUGGGGCGGAAGGUGGGGCAGGGGCGGAAGGGAGUGACUGUAUACCAGUGCGUGGAGAGGCGCACAGGCAGGCAGUAUGCGUGUAAGACUAUAGACAAGGUGACUCUAACGGGGGGCAGGAAGGAGGAGGCGGUUCGGACGGAGGUGGCGAUUAUGAGGAAGCUGCAGGGGCAUCCACAUAUAGUGGAGAUUAAAGACACGGCGGAAGAUGCUAAGUGCGUGCACAUAGUCAUGGAGAUGUGUUCAGGCGGCGACCUGCUAGAUCACAUCAACACACAGCUGUGCAUCUCAGAGAGGGAGGCCGCCACCAUAGUGCGCGUGCUCGUGCAGACCAUCCACUUCUGCCACGUCAGCGGCAUCAUGCACCGCGAUCUCAAGCCCGAGAACGUGCUGCUGGGCUCGCCCGGCCAGUGGUGGGACCUGCGCGUGGCGGACUUUGGCUUUUCUGUGCCGCUGAGAGCAGGCCAGCGCAUGAAGGGAUACGCGGGCUCUCCCUUCUACAUGGCCCCCGAGGUGCUGGACGGGCUGUACGGGCACGAGGCGGACAUCUGGAGCCUCGGAGUCAUCCUCUACACGCUGCUUUCCCAGAAGCUUCCCUUCUGGGACGACACGGACGCGGGCGUAUAUGAGCUGAUCCGGCGCUGUGAGGUGGACACGAGCUCGGGCGUGUGGCCGCUGGUGUCGGGAUCAGCCAAGGACCUCGUGCACCGCAUGCUGGCGUUCGACCCCAACCACCGCCUGCCUCUGCAUCUGAUUCUAGGCAACGACCUCGCACAUCGUAUGCUUGCCUUCCAUCCCAACCACCGCCUGCCUCUGCACUUCAUUCUCGGUAUGCUUGUUACUCAUUUCCCCAACCUCAUUUCCCCAACCUCAUUUCCCUCCAUCUCCCCACCACCAUUCCCCUCAUCUCCCCACCCCUGUCUGCCCCCAUCUCCCCACCCCCAUCUCCCCGCCCCCAUCUCCCCACCACGCCCCACACACCACCACAGACCACCCAUGGGUGGUGACUAA